CUCUAUCGCCAGCCUACCCUCGUGUGACAGAGAUAAGAAAACCGUCCCAACCAAACCUAAGCCACUACCUCUCUGAUACCUCGGUUCCCUAGAACAGGGAUAGACAAAAAUGCACAAAAAUUCGACAUAAAUAUGGCGAUCCGAACGCAGAAUUCUGCCAUUUCAGGAAAUCUACGCGGCGGUAUAUUGGCGCGGGUUUUCACGUAAAGUUUAUAUGUGCGUAGAUGAAUUCCGGUAUACAAGCGUUAGCGGGGCAAAAAAAUGUGCUAAACAAAAACGAACUUCUGGAGACGAAUCGAUAAAGAAAAUUUGAAAAACAGAACGAGAAAACUAAAAAGAUGAGUGACAAUUUGCACAAUUUGUAUUACUACGCGAACGUGUGCCACGUUUGUAAAACUUUCGGCAAAGAACUGCCUUUGAAACGUUGUAGUAGUUGUAGAAUGAUAUCGUAUUGUGGAAAGGUUCACCAAAAACAACACUGGCCACAGCAUAAAGACCUGUGCAAAGUGUUGUCAGACAUGCUGGAUCAAACCAAUAGUACGUGUAUAUUUGGGAAAUGUCAAAAUCCAUGCACAAAGUUAUGGGCAAAGAAAAAGAGCAACUUGAUGCUACUCGUCCAGUUAAAAUUAGGAAGACGUUUGGAACACUAUGAAGAAGAGAUGUUUAAAUUUCCCCGAGUAUGCAGUAUGUGCCACGAUGGUCAGUCUGCGGUAUUAAAGGACUGCAAAUUUUGUCCAAGUGCUAAUUUUUGUCCGCUUCAUAAAACAGACCAAAUCAGACAUACCAGUCAAUGUAAAGCACUGAGACUCUGUUUCGACCUAGAUAUUGCUGGGACUCUAUUUGAACGAAAAUCGCCUAGGCACGUCGUUCCGUUCCAUAAAGAAAUGGCAUACCUUCCAAGAUCGAUAAAAGAUUUUAUACUUCUUUACGUAAAUGAAAACAAAUCCCUACCAAUGUCAUCUGAAUGCCAAUUAUUAUACAAUUCGGAGUAUCUCACCAGACCAUUAACGGUUCUAUAUGCAAUUGAGAGACUGGAAUUUAAAAUAGAAUCAGCCAUAAAUAUACAUGUAAUUGGGGCUAAUAUGGUUGAAGUUGACGGGCUGGAUAUUUGGGAGAUAUUGCUACAUUGGCUUCCUUCAUUGACCACUUUAACGAUCGUUUUAAUCGGCCCAGAAUUAAUGUGGGGCAGUGUGAAGCCCAAUGUCUGCAAUUAUUGUGUUUCUAAGGGCAUGUGGGUUCACAUAGAAUUAAGAAACAUGCUCUACCAGGAUUACGUGACUAGUCAGUGGUAUGAGAAACCUGAUUUUCUGAUAGGUUACAACAUGGGUAUUCAUGAAUGCUUGGAACUUGGUUCAGUGAAGGACACAUGGACACCAUGUAUUAAAACUCUGGCUGAGCAAAAUUGUCCACUGGUUUUAACUUCCUAUACAUUAAGCGAAGCUAUCGAGGAGCACAAGAAACUUAGGAUUAUUCUAGGGGAUACUGUGACUGAUCUUUGCUGCGAAAUAAAUCCAUUCUCAAGUCUUAGGCCACACAGGGAUUUCGAAACUGAAGGUGUAUUUUAUCAGAAUCAGUUUAUUACUAUCUAUCACGAUCUCUGUCCAGCAAGCAUAUUUAAUGACCUUAAAUUAACACAAUAAGAAUAUUGGCGUUAUCUUUUUAGGUCUUACCUAGUAAAUGAAAAAUUCAGGUAUGUUUAACGUGAACUAAUCGUAUUGUGCGAUUAAGCCUGCAGUACAAAACAGCGUUUGUAUCGCCCAAAAAAGAAAAUGUAUCAACCUUGCACAGACCAGUCCAAAAACUAAUUCAACAUACCACAAAAUCAUUGUACACAAAAUUCACUCCAAGCUAUAUCAUUCUACUUGGAACUCUUCAAAAUUCAUAGUCUUGCAGUUAAAGAUGAAGGUGCAUCAAAGCUUUGGAAAAAAUAAGAUUUUCAUCUAUAGCAACCAUUCCUUAAAAGAUAAAUUGGAUAGCAAAAACUAAGCAGUAGCUCAAGAUUUGCAAAAGAGUUUCCAAUUUUUGGGGAAUAUUAAUAAGGAGUGAUAAUUUCUUCAUGCUGAUAUCUAAAAAAAUAUCUUAGGUUUUUCUUUAAACAAAAAGUCCAAUGUGGUUUAUUAACGUACUUCAACUACCAUCUUAUAAAAAGAGGAUUAGAGUUGCCAUUUCUUCAAUCACUAGAGAAGACCACUAAUGAUCCGAACUUAUUAGAAAAAUUGUAAAAUCCAUUGUAUAAUUAGGAAUUAGAGACGACAGGAGUUGAAAAUUUUUGUAGAUGUGUACUAUAUUAAGCAUAAUAUCUAAAUGUAAGACUGAUAUUUGAAAGAACAUUCCCUGACCAAGUAAAGUGAUUUACAUUCCGUUAUAAAUUAUGAACAAAUAUUGUUUCACUCCUUGGUAAUUCGAACGAGAAGAUUAGAAUGUUUUUUACCUAAUAUUUACAAAACGAUUCACAAAUCAUAUCCAUCCGCAAUAAGGUAGAUAAUACUCUUAUGUCAAACUAACUCAUAUAGCCCAAAAAAAAUUUCAUGAUAAAAAAUGGCUCAUAGAACGAGAAUAUGAUUGACGCAUCUUUUUUUGCCUCCAUUCCGCAGUAAAACAAUCGUUUCUAGGACAGUAUGAGAAAAGAAUCAGAGUGCAAAAAAGUGCACUCUUACAUUCUAGUAUUAAGAAAUGCCGUUUUUCCAUUAAUUUCAAAGCAAUUUGGUAAAUAGCUAAGUGUCCAGCUACAUUUACCUUCUAAAGGAUUGGCUGCAGUUAUGAAUCACGCUGUGUGUGAUUGAAAUAAUUUGAAGCCAUAAUUAAUUAUACAAUAUCUAAUAGACUUAAUUGACCUGCUUUCUUAUUUUUUUUCUUUACUACAACAAUCAUUCAACAAGCGACUUUUAAUAAUAUUUACAAUUCGCAAGACUUUACACAAUGCGUAUACUAAUCAUUGUCAUAAUAGUAGUUUUACUGCAACCUCUGAUAUAGUAUUUAUUGUCAACGAUAUGUACCUAAACCAACUUUGAUGUAGCUAGAAUUUUACGCCCACAGAAGUUGGAAGCAUGACCAGAUGUGUUUAUGUGAUGUAGUUGUGAGUAAAUAUCUUACAAAUUGUACAGAAUGGAAAAAAUUGAUGAAAUAAAAGUGUUGAUGUUUGAUCACAUACAAUAGAAAUUGUAAAAACAGAUAACUGGAAAUAUAUUAAUUCAAUGAGAUAAGUUAAUGUUUAUCUCAGUUAAAUGUUCAUCAUCCAACUGAGGAUAUUCAAGUACAAUAAUUACC